CACCCUCAGGGGACCGGCCGUUCCCUCAGGGACCUCCCUGACAGCCCCUCUGGGGAAGGCUGUCACACGGAUGUUCCCCACGGAUGUUCCCCACGGCCACCCCAAGGACAGCCAUUACCUCGGGCAUCACCGACAGCCUCCCCGAGGAUGGGCCGUUGCCUCGGGGAUGGAUUUUCCAUAACAAAAUCCCUUCUUUAUGUGCCAUUAUCCAUUAGUUUUCUAAUUCGGCUGCCUUUCACUUUCCCCAGCCUCUGCGGGUGCCCUGUUUUAAAGCCCGGUAACUGCUCUUUUCACUCUUUUGUAGGUUAUUGCCGUCUGAGCAUGGAGCCGUCUGUGUUUUUAUAACCGCUGCCUCUUGUUUGUGUUGUCAGCCAGAGUUCGGAUGCUGCGAUCUCGCGAUUUCUGACCACGACAGGCUGCCUGUGCCGUUGCUGUUUUAGCUGCCAACCUGAGAUUCCUUAGCUAUUUGGGUUCUGAAGACACCAAGUUUUAUGUCAUUUUACUUUUAGGUGUUGCUUCCUCUGGUCUGUUACUAAUGCACAGAGGAAUAUUACUCUUCUAGACAUUGAUUUGUGUCAAUGUGUAUAGUAAAAGGUACAAGCAAGGUCCUUAUUUUUGUAUUUUCUCCUUCCUGGGUGUGAAUUGCUUGUGUAAAUGUUGGCACCGAGAUAAAGGGCAGCCAAGGAAGCGUUUGCGACUAGUAGGCUGACAGAAACAGGAAGCUUACUUUUUUAGCAUCUUCAGUUGGACUAGACCUGUCCUGACUAUCAAUAAUACAUGAUCUGGGCUCUCUGCACCGAAACUCUGCUAAUUGGCUAAUUAAAAAGUGAAACAUGGUGAAGGAGCGAACGGAUCGCUCACAGGAGACUUUUCCUGUAGCAACACCAAGGCUGAGCUUGUGCUAAUGCAUUUUGUAGAACUGAGCCGGGGGUAAGCAGAGCUCUGGGGUCGUCUCAGGAGCCGAGAGGACGAUUUCAUAACCAGCCGCCUUUCAGCUGGCUUCUCUUAUUAUGUCUGUCUUGUCUUGCCUCGCAGUCUGUAUCUUUUUUUUUCUUUUUAAUCAUCUUUUUUUUUCCCCCCACUUUUCCCUUGCUUCUGAAAAGAAAGAAUUAUACCGUUCCUGUCAGGGCGAAGGUGCGCGCCAGUGUCCUCAGGAGUUUGGCAGCCAGCGGUCUGUGAGAGCUGCUGCAGGUUUUUCUGGCCCCUGGAGCCCUGGUCGGCGUUGUAACCUGUGUGUUUUCUGCUCUCUGCAGAUCGUGGACACGUUCUUCAUCGGCCGCUACGUCCUCCUCGCCGUCCUCAGCCUGGUCUUUCUCGGGAGCCUCUUCCUGGUCCUGGUUUACCACAUUGCCGAGCCGAUGUACGCCAAACCGCUCCGUCCCAGCUAGCCGCAUCCCCAGGGAGCAGCUGCCCCACACCGACACGGACACUGCAUCGCAAGGGCGGCAUCUGGAGAGGCCUUCGCAUUGCUUUCCUGGUGCUCUGGGGGAUUUGUGGCCCUUUCCAGAAGCUGGAGAGGGGUGAGGCAGUGCGUGCGCACUUGAGAUUGGGUAAUCAUCCAGAAACGCUGGUGUCUCUCGCAGGGUUACAGCUGCGUCCUGGCAGAGAUGGCCUUGCUGAUGCUGCUGAUCACGGAUUUCUACUGUGUAUUUGUAUGAACGUUCCUACAGCAUCCUCUGUAGGAAUUUGCUUUCUCUUGUACCUCUAUUUUCCACGUACACAUUCUGUAAAGGGAUGGGAAACUGUCGCUGGGUUGGAAGGAUAUCAAAUAGAGCCAAACAGCUGUAGAACAGAAAUCAGAUGAGAAACCUUUCCAGGAUAGGAUUUCAGUAGUUCCAGGUGGUGGCCAGCUGCAGAGUGCCGCACUGAAUGGUCUUCUGAAUUUUUUUUGUGCUUUUAGCUAAAACAGGGAGAUGCCAAAGAUAAAAAGGGGACUGAAAUCAAAGAUCUAGCCACGUCUGCUUGAACGAUGGAUUUUCAAAGUUUGGGUUGGCUUUGGUUAAUGCUCUCUCUGCCCCUUCUGACCUUUUAAUAAUUUUUAGCAGAGCUGAGAGGUUUUUUGUUUUUUGUUUUUUUUCCUUCAGUAGCAGGGUAAAUCCUCGAGAAGAGGAAAUCCCACAUUCAUGGCAAUAAAACAGGAAGGUGAACAGGAGCCUUUCCUAAAGCUGAAUGCUUCUGUUUCUCAGAGCUUAGAAAGAGCCAGUGAGGCAAGCGAAGUGUGGUGCUCUGCAUGCUGCAAAGGACUUCUUAACCUCUCUUUUUCUGGGUACAGGAGAAAUGAAAUCCGUGCACUUCUUUGCACUACACUUGAUUUAAUGAGCUGUACUGAGUGGAUCCACAAGGAUUGGUUUGUUAUCCCUCCUUUUUCAUGUAAGCUUAAGACUAAUAAAACUCUCUA